AUGAGUAACGUCACCACCCACGCAGCCAUGCAGCAACACCUUCAACUCUCUGCUGAUGUGCCAAGUACAAUACAAGCAGUACAUAUGAUUUUGGUUGCUGGUGAAUUGACUAUAGCAAUUUGGGGAAAUGGAUUCAUUGUACUAGUUAACUGCAUUGGCUGGCUCAAGAGAAGAGAUAUCUCCUUGAAUGGCAUCAUCCUGACCAGCUUGGCCAUCUCCAGAAUUUUAUGUGUAAUAUCAUUUGAUGGCUUCAUUAUGCUGCUCUCUCCACCACACAAUGGUGACCGAGCAAGCAUUUUGGAUAUUGUCUGGACACUUGCCAAUAAUUUAAGUGUCUGGUUUACUUCUUGCCUCAGCAUCUUCUACCUGCUCAGGAUAGCCAAUGUUCCCCCAUUUUUCUUCUGGCUGAAGCUAAAGAUCACUAGAGUCAUCUUUGGGAUCCUUCUGGGGUCUUUUCUCAACUCCUUAAUUAUUAGCAUUUCAAUGAAUGAUGGUACGUGACAUCACUUCUUCAAGGCCAGUCAUGAAGAAAACAUUACUUGGGAAUUCAAAGUGAGUAAAAUCCCAAAUGCUUUCAAGUAGAUGACCCUGAACCUGGGAGGUAUCAUUCCCUUUAUUCUUUGCCUGAUCUCAUUUUUCUUGUUACUUUUUUUCCUAUUUAGACACACUAAGCAGAUGAAACUUCAUGCCACAGGGUCCAGAGACCCCAGCAGAGAAGCCCACAUGAGGGCCAUGAAGGCAGUGAUCAUCCUUCUGCUCCCGCCCAUUGGGUACUAUGCAGUCUUUCUUGUAGUAACUAGCUUUCUGAUUCCUCAGGGAAAACUAAUCGUGAUAAUUGGUGGCAUAGUAGCUAUCAUUUUCCCAUCAAGUCCCUUCAUCCUGAUCAUGGGAAACAAGCUCAGAGAAACUUUUUCUGAAGGUGUUCAGAUUUGUGAAGAAUGUCUGCAAAGGAAGGAAGCCCUUAUUCCAUAG